UUGAUUUCUACAGUGAUUUCAGCAAACAUGGAAAAUGAAAUUGAGCAAGAAAGGUUAUCCUGUGGAGCACCGUGCUUCGUAAGAAAACCGAUCAAACCAAACGAUCCCAACAACAUGUGGAAGCAUGCUCUAGACCGCAGAAUUAACGGUAAAUUCAUAUCAAUCAAUGACGCAUAUGAUAGGAACAAUAAUAACAAUCUCAUUGUUACUCCUUCCUGUAGUCUUCUUACUAUAUGAUUCAAGAUAUGUUUUGUUAUCUAUCUAUAUAUUACAUGUGAUGUAACUUACAUGUGAAAACUAUACAGAUGGUUCAAUCCAGGACGAUACAGAUGGUUCAAUCCAGGACGAUACAGAUGGUUCAGAGAAAAUCCAGGAGAAAACUUCAAGUAGCGAUCCAUGUGAUGGAGAUUCUUCAUUAAAGAAGACUAAAAGGGUUACGAUCAAAUGGACGUCAGCCCUUGAAAAUGAAUUUUUCAUGGCCAUUGAACACAUUGGCCUUCAUAAGGCCACGCCUAAGAGGAUUUUAAAAUUCAUGGACCAGAAAUCCCUGACGAGAGCACACAUAGCCAGCAAACUACAGAAGUACCGACGAAACUUGAAAAGAGAUGAAGAUCAAAGAAUGAAGGACAGAAUAGCUAUGCACUCAACAUUUUCAUCAGCAGAUGGCUACAUCAACCCACAACACUCUUACAACUACAACACAAGGCUAGGCAACAACAAUCUUUUCAAUGUCCAACCUGGCUAUGGUCUCGGUCAAACUAGCUUCAUGGGGAACAACAAUGCUGGUUUACAUGACUCUCUCAACUGUAUGAACCGUAGACCCACCUAUGAUUUGAGCCAAACCGGAUCCAAGUUGCUUCCCAUGAGAGGCAAUCUUGGGUUUCAAAACGGUAUGCUGCCUGUAAAAGAGGAAUGGAGAAGCAUUCCCGGAACAUCUCAAGCUCCUAGGUUUGGACAAUAUGGUACAACAAGCAAUGCUUUGGGUAUGAACUAUAAUCCUACUACUGGUACUAUGGGCAGUAAUAAUUACGUUGGGAUCAGAGGAGAUGAAAAUGGAGAUUUGGUUGGACUUGGUGGAUUAAGAGUUAAUGGUAAUGGUAAUGGCUCUUUCAGUGGAGCAAGGGUUCAUGGUACUGGUAGUGGCUCUCUUCAAGGAAUGAGCGUUUAUGGUAAUGGUCAUGGGUCGUCUCUUGGUGGAAGAGGAGUUCAUGGUACUGGUAAUGGCUCUCUUGAACGAAUGAGAGUUCCUGGUAAUGGUCAUGGUACUGGUAAUGGCUCUCUAGGUGGAAUAAGAGUUCAUGGUACUGGUAAUGGCUCUCUUGAAAGAAUAAGAGUUCCUGGUAAUGGUCAUGUUACUGGUAAUGGUCAUGGUACUGGUAAUGGCUCUCUUGGUGGAAUAAGAAUCCAUGGUAAUAAUAAUGGAAUAAGAAUUCAUGAUACUAGUAAUGGCUAUGGCUCUUUUGGUGGAGUAAAAGUUCAUGGUACUGGUAAUAGUAAUUUCUCUCCUGAUGGAAUCAUAGUUCAUGGUAAUAGUAACAGUAAUGACUCUCUUGGUGGAAUAAGAGUUCAUGGUACUGACUCUGUUGGUGGGAUAAGAGUUCAUGGUACUGAUGCUGGCUCUGUAGUUGGAGGAAAUGUUCAUGGUACUAGUAAUGGUAAUGGUUCUCUUGGUGUAAAUUUUGGCAUGAACUGUAACUUCAAUAACAACAACAUGAGUAACCAUGGAAGUUCAACUCCAAUGUUUCCUUCUGAAUUGUCAUCGUUCUUUGGUAAUAAGGAUCAGUCACAAAACAACUUGAUUGCUCAAACUGGUGGUGUGAUCCCUGCACUAGAGAAACCCAAAAUGUUUAGUGAUCACCAUGACAUCAACGAGGUUUUUUCUGAUACAAAUAACUCUCAGUUUCAUCAGAAUCAGCAUCAAGGUAACCUGGCUGGUGUAAAUGUUGGCAUGAACUGGAACUUCAAUAACAACAACAUGAGUAACCAUGGAAGUUCAACUCCAACGGUUCCUUCUGCAUUGUCAUCGUUCUUUGGUAAUAAGGAUCAGUCACAAAACAACUUGAUUUCUCAAACUGGUGGUGUGAUCCCUGCACUAGAGAAACCCAAAAUGUUUAGUGAUCACCAUGACAUCAACGAGGUUUUUUCUGAUACAAAUAACUCUCAGUUUCAUCAGAAUCAGCAUCAAGGUAACCUGGCUGGUGUAAAUGUUGGCAUGAACUGGAACUUCAAUAACAACGACAUGAGUAACCAUGGAAGUUCAACUCCAACGGUUCCUUCUGCAUUGUCAUCGUUCUUUGGUAAUAAGGAUCAGUCACAAAACAACUUGAUUUCUCAAACUGGUGGUGUGAUCCCUGCACUAGAGAAACCCAAAAUGUUUAGUGAUCACCAUGACAUCAACGAGGUUUUUUCUGAUACAAAUAACUCUCAGUUUCAUCAGAAUCAGCAUCAAGGUAACCUGGCUGCUGUAAAUGUUGGCAUGAACUGGAACUCCAAUAACAACAACAUGAGUAACCAUGGAAGUUCAACUCCAAUGUUUCCUUCUGCAUUGUCAUCGUUCUUUGGUAAUAAGGAUCAGUCACAAAACAACUUGGUUUCUCAAACUGGUGGUGUGAUCCCUGCACUAGAGAAACCAAAAAUAUUUAGUGAUCACCAUGACAUCAACGAGGUUUUUUCUGAUACAAAUAACUCUCAGUUUCAUCAGAAUCAGCAUCAAGGUAACCUGACUGGUGUAAAUGUUGAGGCGCCUACUGCUUAUCCUCUUGAAGACAUUAGCAGUUGGAGUUUCAAUGACGGUACCAAUAAUGAAGAGAUGUUGGACACUCUCGUUGCUAAUCUGGAGAUGUAUUUGCCUACUCAGGACAUGAACAUUACAAAUCAGGGUAAUAAUCAUGAAGAAAUGUUUAACUCUCUUGCUGCUAAUCCGGAGAUGCACUUUCCUACUCAGGACAUGAACAUUACAAAUCAGGAUUGUGACGAUGAAGACUUCAUGGACUAUUUGAUCGAUCCUGACAUGAAUUGA